GCUAUAUUCAGUCGUUUUGUGUACAUAAUGUGUAAAAUAACGUGAAGUUCUCAACGUUGUAAGGUGAUGAUAAAUUAACUUUGUGAUGUGGGGUUGGGAGAUCAAGAAGGAAACAGCAAAACAAUAAAAAUGGAAAAGCCUUUUCAUAAGUGUAGGCUUUGCUUGAAACUUGGAGAUUUCUGCUCCAUAUUUGAGCAAGAUGAAUCCAUAAAAUUAUCAGAAAUGGUUAUGUCUUUUGCAAACAUUCAGAUUUUUGAAGGAGAUGGCUUUUCUGAUCGUGUCUGCACAACUUGCAUAGAAAACUUGAGCACUGCAUACUUGUUUAAACUCCAGUGUGAAAAAAUUAAUGCAUUGCUGCAAAACCCACCAGAAGAAACCUUAGACAAGCCAGAAGUUUUUGAAUACAAUGACUUUUUGAACAAAGAGUUUCAUAUGCAUGCUAAAUCCAUGGAGGGUGAAAAUGUCCAGAAUGUCAUUAAGGAAGAAACACAUGUGGGUACAAGUUUGGAUGUUAGUGAUGAAACAGACAGUGAUGUAGACUCUAUCAUAUGCGUGUAUUGUAACCAGUCUCACAGCAAUCUGGGAGCACAUUCAUGCCGCGUAAUAUGCAGCAUUGAGAACAAUGAGCUGCAGCGCUCCAGUAGCAGUGAAACUCUGGUGGCAACAGAUAUUACUCCGUCAGACACGGCAAGGUUAAUUACCACCACUCCGGAAAAACCCUUGCCUCUAUUAAUAUCAUGUGUCCUCUGUGAUGACAAGUUUGACAAAUAUGAGUCUUAUGUCUUACACUUCAACAAGUGCACCCUCAAUGUCAAAUUGCAUCACAUAGUUUGCCCCAUCUGUCAUGAGAUUCAUACAGAAAAGUUGGCAUACUUAGAGCACCUGCGGGUUGCUCACUUUAAAUGUGACCUUAUAAUAGACACAGACAUAGAUUGUGUGGACAGAGUCCCUCCAAUGUUUGAAAAGACAAGCAAGCCAAAAGCUGUGCGCCGCCAGAUAGGUUGGUCUAUUGAAGACAUAUAUCAAGAGAUUGAUUGCAAAAAGAUUGAGGAAAAUGAGACACCUAAUUCAAGUCCCAUGAAAGUACUAAAUUUAAAUGCGACUUUUAGCAAUCAGAGCACUCCGAAAAAAGUCAGCUUUCGUAAAUUCUUCGAAACAAGCAAAGCUAAAACUUCAAACUAUCUGCCUUUCCGAAAAUAUAUCCAGAGUUACAGACUGAAGAAAAAAGUGAAUAGCUACAGCCCAAUCAAGGACAAACUGCAGGCUACUAGCCGCCUUAAGUGCUGGCAUGAUGAGGUGUCAGAUACUGAUUAUAACUCACCCAGCGGAACUUCUGAGGAUUCAUGGAAAUUGAAGCAGAAUUUGAUAUGUACAUGUAAUAAAAAUGUAUUUAUGUUGUCAGAAUUUAUACAUGACCGCGAUCGGAUCGUCGCCAUGAUAAACGAGCUCGGUGGAGUGGUGGCUGAGAACACCAAGAUGGAGAUGCUGGCGACGCACUUCAUAGCCGUGCUGCCCAACGACACGUUCACCGGCAUGAUGGUGUGCGCCCUGUCCACGGGGAAAUGGCUGCUACACAUCAACUUCAUAUACGAUAGUUUCCGGUCCAAGAAGUUUUUGAAUGAAAACAUGUAUGAAUGGAUGAAACAUCCCAAAAUUCUCGAGAUCGACAACACAAGCGUCGAAGUGGCUAAGGCAGCUGUGUACUGGCACUUGGAGUUGCAGGCGCUAAGCGCUAAGUACCCGUUCGAGGGCAAGCAAAUUGUACUAAUCAUGAAGAAGAAGUAUAGACAAUACUAUCAGAUGAUAUUCAAAACGUUGAAGGCAAAACCAAUUACUUAUGAUCCAAGAACGCCAGGCAGCUGUUGCACCGCCGACUACUGCUUCGUCGACAUGAAGGUGAUCCAGCGAGUGAAGUUGCGCUUCUUCGCGCGCCACAGCGUGCCCGUCUUCCCCUACCAGUACAUCCUGGUGUACUUGUUGAGUCGCGGCCACGUCGCCGACGAGCACAAGUACUUGCUGCAGGAGUACCAGAGGAUCCAGUCCGAGGACACGGUCGACUUAUUCAAUAAUACUUGCUAAGCUCUUUUGUUGACAUACCGAAAGGUAUAAAAUCGGAA